AGGCACCCUCUUCUUCGCUCGAGGACCACCCUCUGCAUUUCUACCUCCCCGCGGGGUGAGCGGAACCGCUGGCCCAUUCUAGGGAACCAGAUCCUAACCCAGACGAUCCGGAGAAUUUGUACCGUGACCGGCAGGGGGGGCGGGAGGAGAGAGCCCAGGCAAGUCUCCGGGGCUGCUGGCGACUUCGGAAGCCGCGCGCCCAGCGCCCUCGGCCGCCCCCGGCCGCUCGCCCCCGCCGCGCCGCCGCCCUCGCCUCCGCGCUCCCCCUUGGCCCCCGGCGGCCGCGAAAGGGUGCGGGAGACGCGGAGCCGGAGGAGGACGCGCAGCCGCUGCCCGAGCCGCAGCCGCAGCCGGAGCCCAAGCCCGAGCCGCGGGGCGGGCGCGAAGAUGCACACGACCCAGAAGGACACCACGUACACCAAGAUCUUCGUCGGGGGGCUGCCCUACCACACCACCGACGCCAGCCUGCGCAAGUACUUCGAGGUCUUCGGCGAGAUCGAGGAAGCGGUGGUCAUCACGGACCGGCAGACGGGCAAGUCCCGGGGCUACGGAUUUGUCACCAUGGCUGACCGGGCUGCUGCGGAAAGGGCCUGCAAAGAUCCCAACCCCAUCAUUGACGGCAGGAAAGCCAAUGUGAAUCUGGCAUACUUGGGAGCAAAACCAAGGAUCAUGCAACCAGGUUUUGCCUUUGGUGUGCAGCAGCUCCAUCCAGCCCUCAUACAGAGACCUUUCGGGAUUCCUGCCCACUAUGUCUACCCGCAGGCUUUUGUGCAGCCUGGAGUGGUCAUUCCGCACGUGCAGCCCACGGCCGCUGCAGCCUCCACCACGCCCUACAUUGAUUACACUGGAGCUGCCUAUGCACAAUACUCCGCUGCAGCUGCUGCGGCUGCCGCGGCCGCCGCCUACGACCAGUACCCCUAUGCUGCCUCUCCAGCGGCUGCAGGAUACGUUACCGCGGGGGGCUACGGCUAUGCAGUCCAGCAGCCCCUCACCGCUGCGGCCCCUGGGACAGCUGCGGCCGCCGCUGCUGCUGCUGCAGCCGCUGCAGCCUUUGGCCAGUAUCAGCCUCAGCAGCUGCAGACAGACCGAAUGCAGUAAACCAGCCAUCUGAUCAAAGUUGAAUUGUUUUCUCUUUCCCUCCCAAUUUUCCAAUUUUCAGUAGCUAUUAAGAGAGUUAACAUUGACUUAACAGCUUUAAAAAAAAAAAAAAGCGAUGCUAUUGUGAAGCAGAGUUAUUAUUAUUAUUUUUUUUUAUAUAUACUCCAGGUAGUGUUCUAGAUAAGAAAGAGGUGAGAAUGAGGGGCAUGGGCGCAGUUUUGGAAAUCAAUCCCAAAGAGCCUGAGUCACUGAAGGCCACCACGAGAGGAUGGCAGGCGCACCGAUGGAACUUCACUUUUGUAACGGGAUUUUUAUUUUUGCUCUUUUUAUAGUAUCAGGGAAGCAAACUGCCUUUUACAAGUUAGAAAAAAAUGCUAUUUGAAUCUAGUUGAACCAGGGAAUACAGAGUGAGCAAUAUGUAGCUUGAAAUGCAUUUAAAAAGCAGAUUUUUUUUUUUUUAAAUCAACAAAAACGGGAAAGCACUGAUUGUCGCUUUUAGCGGUCACUAUUGGCCUCUAGGACUUUUCUGAGGAAGAAGGUGGUGUUUAUUCUAUCUCAAAAAUGGGCAUCGAACAAUCAAUCCAGGAGCGUGGCAGUGGGCACGGUGGUAGACAGGCUCCCUCAUCUGUCCGCUAGAUGAGUGGGACCGUGUGGCAAGUGAUGUAGACUUACUGGGCGCCGCAGUCGCUGUACAAUCAGUCACCCACGGUUCUGGAAGGAACACAUCACUUGUGCUUGUUUGAUGAGCUUGUCACAUCCUAAUCCCUCUCCCCAUCCUGUUUCAAUUUUGGGAAACUUGUAUCUGCUGGUGUCAGCAACUCUGAUCCCUAAACAGGAUCAGACUUUUACUACUACAGCCUUCUCUUUCUAUUUAUUGUGUCGACUCGAGGCUUAGGAAUAGAGGCAGGCCAAGUUUGCAGACGCUAAACCCUUAAGAGCUGUCUUAAGGACAAUUUAUUUCCCCCCCCCCUUUUUAAAUAAUUUUACACUUUUUAGUAUCUAUUUCAGAGUCCUAUUUAAAACUAUUUAUUAGUGAAUACAGUUACCUGAGACAACAAGGUUAUUGAGAUUACAAUUCUUCAACGGUUAAUGAUAAUGUGGUUUAUACUGUGCCUUAAUAGUAAUGCUAUUUAAGAUAUUUAUUUUUAAGUUUUACUAUGCUGCACUCUAAAGAAAGGAACUUUAGAUGUGACACUGUAAAAUUAUGUAUUCAUCUCAUGGCAUAAAUUAUUUAGUAGGUCUAGAUGUAGCAUAUUAAAUAUUAACCUAUUCAACUGAAGAUGUUGACUUGGAUUUAUUUAAAUUCAUAUGUGCACUGUAUAAGAGAGUACUCUUACAUUAACACAUCUUAGUUUAUUUUAGUUGAGAUUUUUUUUUAAAACAAGCUACAUUGCUAGUUCCAUGCUUUCUUCUCUGAUUUUUGCUCGUGUAGAUCUCAUUUAUCAGUAAUUCGUUCCUUUAACACUAUUCUUAUGUAGUUUAUGUAGUUUUUAAAUGCUGCUUUACGUUUUUCUUCUGAAACCGCAAUACUUGCAAUUUUUAUUCUUAAACUAAAUUGAAUACUAUUUUACACUGUAUUGGAUUUUUAUACUUGAACAAUUUCAUACAAGGGAAGACAGGUUAGCAUUUUUAUGGACUUUCUCCAUUAUCACUGGAUUUACUUUUAAGUAUCCCCGUACUAGACAGUGUUACGUGAUGUAGACAUGACUCUCCUGUGCAAAUUAUUUAUUCAUUGUGUAUAUUGCUUUAUAACAUUUCAGAUCUUCUAAUCUAUUCACUUGUAUUAAAUAUAAUUUUUAAAAACUUC